UUACUUCCACUGUGACGCGUCGAACCCGAGCCAAGAACGGUGCUCGGUGCCGCCAUCGUGUUGCCGCCCCGAGUCAACUUUCACCGGCAUCUUCUGUGGGCGCAGCGUACUGAACUUGUCCGAUCACGAGGCGUGGUUCCGCGUUCACACGGGAAGCUGUCCUGACGCGACAAACCGCUACGUGAAGGAGCACGUCAUGAUCAUCGGGGGUGUCUGCCUCGUCGCUGUCAUUGUUCUGGCCUUCAUAGACAUGGUUACGAAUGCCGUAAUUGACGAGAUCGACAUCAUUCGGAAGAUAUAUGACCAUGUCAACGGUGCAGAGGGCGGAGUGUCAUCCACAUUCACAACCUAA